GAAACUAUGAGAUAUUUCUAUGUGCUUGCCGCAACCCUACAGAUUCGCCCACUGCUCCGAAACCGUGUCCUACGGAUACAGGACAAGAAUCGCUCCGUUUCUUUCCGUCUAUAUCCACUUCUACACCAACAGAUGACUUGCAUCCACCGUCGAUAAGCUUUGUGUUGAGUUCUGUCCUGGAGACUGAAAACCCAUCAUCUUCCUGCUUAUUUUCACAGGGACUCCAUUAGUUCUCGAGCUUUUGCCCCCCUCCUCAGGACCCAGAUGGGUGACCAGACAGAGCACGAUGGAGCACCAAAUGGCAAAACAGAGCCUCCAAGGAACGUUCUGUUCGGGAAGUACGAGAUGGGGAGGCUGUUGGGUAAGGGCACUUUCGCGAAGGUCUACUAUGGCAAGAACCUGUUGACCCAAGAGAGCGUGGCCAUCAAGGUGGUCAGCAAGGACCAGGUGAAGAAGGAAGGCCUGAUGGAGCAGAUCAAGCGCGAGAUCUCCGUGAUGCGCCUGGUGCGUCACCCCAACAUAGUGGAGCUCAAGGAGGUCAUGGCCACCAAGCAAAAGAUCUUCUUUGCGAUGGAGUACGUAAAAGGCGGUGAAUUGUUCGCCAAAGUUGCCAAGGGCAAAUUGAAGGAGCAUGUGGCCAGGAAGUACUUUCAGCAAUUGGUUAGCGCCGUUGAUUUCUGCCAUAGCCGCGGCGUGUCGCACCGCGACCUGAAGCCCGAAAAUCUCCUGCUGGACGAGAAUGAGGACCUUAAAGUCUCAGACUUUGGCCUGUCGGCUUUGCCGGAGCAGCUCAGGAAUGACGGGUUGUUGCACACGCAGUGUGGGACUCCAGCAUAUGUUGCGCCGGAGGUCUUACGGAGGAAGGGGUACGAUGGGGCGAAGGCGGAUUUGUGGUCUUGUGGGGUGAUCCUGUAUGUGCUGCUUGCAGGGUAUUUGCCGUUUCAGGACGAGAAUAUGAUGAGAAUGUACAGGAAGGUGUUCAAGGCUGAGUAUGAGUGCCCACCUUGGUUCUCGCCUGAUGCUAAGAAACUGGUUUCCAAGCUUCUCGUUGCAGACCCCGAAAAGAGAAUUUCGAUUCCAGAGAUUAUGAGGACCUCAUGGUUUCAAAAUGGGUUCACUAGGCCAGUGGCUUUCUCUAUUGAGGAACAGGAAUUGGAGAAAAAUGAUGAGAACUGCAGUUGCGAGUUGGAGCUGGUGAGAUCAAACUCACAGCCGCCUUUUUACAACGCGUUCGAGUUUAUAUCAUCCAUGUCGUCGGGGUUCGACUUGUCCAGCAUGUUUGAGAGCCAACGCAAGUCGGGCUCCAUGUUCACUUCCAAGUGCUCGGCCUCGGCGAUAGUUGGGAAGCUAGAGGCGCUGGCCAGGCGGCUGAAUUUUGGGGUGGUGAGCUUGAAGGACUUCAAGCUGAAGCUGCAGGGGAAGAAGGAAGGGAGGAAAGGGAAGCUGGCAGUGACAGCGGAAGUCUUCGAGGUGGCGCCGGAGGUCGUGGUGGUCGAGUUCUCAAAGUGCGCCGGCGACACUCUCGAGUACAAGAAGUUCUGCGAGGAGGAUGUCAGGCCUGCGCUCAAGGACAUCGUGUGGAGUUGGCAGGGGGAGAAUGACUGUCACUAACUAACCGUGAGGUCAAGACUCAAGGGCCAUCCAUUAGAGUAGGAGCUUAAAGUAGACCGGAUAUAAUCAGUUCACAUUCCAUUUCUUGGGAAUUUGCACUUUCAUUUUUAUCCAUGGUUACGCAGCAGUUUGUUCUAUGUAAAUAUUGUUCCUAUGCCGGUCCGUGCGAUCGGGUAUUGUUCAUAUCGAACUCGUGUGGUCAGUAAGCUGGCACAGAUUUUCCAGGGGAUGGGAAUAUAGCUUUUUGGGUGACCUUCAUUGUAAUCUACUGGUUUUUGGAAAUUGAGUUGUGGAUGAUAUAGCUCUCUUUCCGUGUAA